AUGACCCAGGAUGACAUCUUAACUCCCAAACCACCCCGCCUCCCUGACCAACGAGUCCAAUGCUUUCUUCAAUACUCCCCACUAGGCAAACAGUUCGACCACAUCAUUAAAAAAACGCUGGCACAUAUUGAGCACUGACCCACAACUGGAAAAGACGUCUAAAGAAACCAAGCGGGAUGUCUUCAGACGCGGCCCCAACAUCAGUCAAAUGGUGGUGAGGUCUGAUCUUCCACGGCAACCAUUUAGCACUUUCCUAGACAAUGUGCCGGACGGUAAUUACAGAUGUGGCCAGUGUAACUUUACGAACAAAUGCACAACGUUCAAUCACCCCAUUACGGGCAAGGCCAUUAAGAUUCAGGUAUAAUCACGUGUUCCACAAAAAAAUGUGGUGUACCUUUAUCAAGUGUAUUUGUGGUUGAUGCUAUGUAGGAAAAAUGAAACAAGCUCUUACAACGCAUAGCAGGACACAGGAGUAAUAUCAGGACUACUGAUCAGAGAAACCCUGUGGCUGGGCAUUUCAUCGAGUCUCGUCACAACAUCAGCUCUCUGAGAUACAUU